UAAGUUUAAGACAAAAGACAACAUAAAACGUAACAAUAAUUUCAGACAUUAAAUUCAAUAUUUUUAAAAUAAAUCUAUUAAAUAACUCAGAACAUUUUGUAGUGACCAACUAAUAAAGCUACGCAGUAAAUUGGUUAUUUCUUAUCAAAAUUUAUCUUCUAGAUAAUUUAGAGUGUUUUGCGAAUUCAAGACUUGAAAACGAUCGUCUCAUUAGUGAAAAGUCAUAUUAAAAGACACCUAUAAAGUGAGAGUGAAAUAUUAUGGCGAAUCAUUACGAAUCAGAAAGAAGAGGUAGCAAAAAUAGGGUCCUGGAAAGGUCCCUGAGCUACUCAGAAGCAAUUGGAAAUUCAUCUGGUAGAUCUUCUAUAGAAAUACCAAGAAUGACACAAACAGAAGUGUAUACUAAUGAAGAAAUAAAGAAGCAGUACAGGAUCUCACAGACAUAUGUCGAAGGAAAAGAACUCGGGUUUCUUUGCCUUAAAAACCUUGAUACAAGAGUUCCAAUCAGCUAUGAAGGAGGAGGAUACGUUGAUUCACCAUCAAGUGACGACGAACAGGAAGCAGACAAUGGUCUAGUCAUGACAAUUGAUGUUGAAACUGAGAGCCCUAAAUCGUCUGGAAAGAGGCACACUUCUGACGCAUCCACUCAGCCCUUGGUCAGUUCAAGUCCUCCAGACGAGAUCUACGAAACUAUUGAACCAGAUACCUACAACGACAGUACGUACAAUGAGGUACCGUCACUCUAUGGGUACUCGACACCGUAUACAAGUAGACGAAGACGGAUUGGGAAAAAACGUACUCGUCACCACGGCAUUGGCAGACAGAUUCGUUCACGGCGUGUGGUGUUCAAGACUGGAGAGGAGAAUGUCCCCAUGAGAAGUAAUAUCCCCGCAAAAUCUAUGAAAUAUAUGAGGGACAUUGUUAACACUGUAAUCAAUAGUAAAUGGCGUUACCUGUUGCUACUUAUGGUCGUAGCCCAUUUCACGUUUUGGCUGUUCUUCGCCAGUAUUUGGUGGGUGGUGACAGCGUCUUAUCAGGAGGAUAUUGGCGAUGGAAAACCUCAUUGUGUAACGGGCACAUCGUCCUUUGCAGGGCUCCUGAUGAUGGCUGUUGAGACUCAGAUGACAAUUGGAUAUGGAGUUAGAUUUCCAAAUGAAGAAUGUCCUGAAGCUAUUAUUGUUAUGGUGUUAGAGAUAGUGGCGGGUACAGCUUUAUCCGGUGGUCUUACAAGUUUGCUCUUCACAAAACUUAUACGACCGAACAAACAUGUCAGCGCAGUUGGGUUUAGUAAGAAGGCUACGGUGUGCCUUCGUGAUGGUGAAAUGUGUCUGCAAUUCCGCGUUUGGGAUUUACUUAAUUUACAUCUAAUUGGUAGCAGCAUCACGGCUUAUCUACUAAAACCAAUCAGGACAUUGGAGGGGGAGUAUGUCUCCAACUACAUCCACCAACUGAAGCUGAAAGAGAGCAACUCGUUCCUUCUAUGGCCUAUCACAGUUGUACACAUAAUUGACGCUGAGAGUCCACUGUAUGACCUGUCCGCGCAGGAUAUGAUGGAUUAUAGGUUCGAAAUAGUGGUAUGUCUUAACGGCUCAUCCAAGAGUAUGGGCACUUGUACACAAAGCAGAACAUCAUAUUUAUCCAAGGAAAUCAUUUGGGGAUAUAGGUUCAGAAACGUUUUAAAGUAUUGCAAGAAAGAAGAGGCCUACAUCAUAGACACAGAUAAUCUUAAUACGGUAGAGCAAGUGGAAACACCACUCUGCAGCGCCAGCACAUUAAAAGGCUUGGAAAUUGACAUGAAAACUGAUCUUCCGGAAUCAUUGUCUCCAUGCGAAGGGUCGUUGCUCUCUAAGGAUGAUUCUCUUUCUCCAACUAUGAGUAGGACUGGAACUCAAAGGAGUUAUGGAUGGAAUUAUAGAAGAAUUAUUACAGAUAAACAAACAAGAGAAGAAUAAAUAAGCGUAACAAUAAUUGAUACUUAUAAAAAAUGUUUUGAUGUUCUGUUUUCAUAAAUUGAUAUUUAUUAAAAAAACAUCGAAAUGUGUUUCACCUUACCCACAGUGUUACACUAAGGUACAUCUUUACCUAGCUACCACUAGUAGUAUAUUUUAAUAUUAGGUCCUAACAUAUGAAAUUGGCGUUUUGUAUGGGAGGAACAAAAAGUCGAAUAUUUUUAAAUAUAAUAUAUUUAAUUAAUCAAAGUAUGAACCAUUGUUUUCU